AUGGCUGUACCUUUCCUGGCGGCCAGCAUUCUGGUGGUGCAUGCUGCUCCGAUCUCCAAUGUGCCAUUACAGAAUGUGCUUAAUACCUGUGGAGGCCACCUUCCAGGCGAAGCCAAAGCUCAGCCAGGCUCACAGCCUAGUACGCGGCGAACACUUCGCUUUUGGAAAGCUCUUGGCCAUUUGAGGGUCAAGAGCUUGAAAGCCAGAGAAGCACCUGAAGUGGACUCCCAGCUGAUAUUUGAAUUUCCCAAAGGGAGUGUGGUGGGCCAAAGCCAACGCAGCUGUGUGCUGGUGGCUGGCCUGUGGCGCUUGCCAAUUUAUCAGCCAAGGAAUCUGACCAGCUUGGUUCAUGAGAGCCGCGAAGGGUGGGUCACGCUGAGUGCCGAAAUGACCGGUGGCCCGCGCUUCUUCUCCCAAGUGGCGGACGGGGAGGUGGAGGCUCUUUCGGCAGCUAAUGCCAGACGUUGCGGAGUGGAACCAUUCCCGGAGGACGGCCUGGUCUUUUUUCAACAAGAGAGCGAGCUGGUAGCCAACAGAGCGUGCGAAAAGGACGUCCACAGCUUAUGCAAGGCACCUGAAGGAUUUCUGAAUCUCAACGAGAACAUGCUAGAGGCGCUUGAAACCAAGGAAUCCUUGAAGAAGGACCUUUGGUUGGUGGUCUCCUACACACCUUGGUGUUCACCAUGCCGUGACUUUCUGGACUAUUUGAGCGCAUUUGUCGGGAAAAAUCUGCCCUCACAAAGCCGAAUGCACCUGGCUGCCGUGAACUGCCAUGAUCGGCAGAAACUUUGCGACUCGUUGGGCCUGAUAGGCCAUCCUAUGCUCAGCACGUUUGGCGGCAAAGGCAUCGAGAAGAUCUUGGACGCCUGGAGUUUCCGUCAAGCCGCCCCUGAGUGGCGCAAGGACCGUUGGACCUUCCCCUCAAAUGUGUCCCUCCUCCUCGAGAUUCUGCCAGAAGAGUUCAAGCUCAAGAAGCCCAGGAACUGCACCCCGUCACGGCGUUGUUCUUCGCUUGAGACGCCAAUGCUCAGUGGUUUGGAAAGUGUGGGACAAGACGGGCAGUUUGGUCCAAGACGCGCGAGCACUUGGAUCGUGGCAGAUGCGUUGCAAGGUCUGAUGGAAUGCUUGGACUUCUCAACGCCUUUCAUCACCUUGAGACAAGUCAGUGCGGUCGAAGCCUUCCUCGCAAUGGUUGACCAGGGGCUGGCAAAGCAGCUGCCGGACUUAAAUCUGAAUGUGAAGGAACACUUGUCGCAUCCGAUCAACACGCUCCAGAGAUUUUUGCAGAAGGUCUUGAGACAAGGAGCCUCGUUGGGAGGCAGAUAUGCGGUUUGCCAAUCAGAGUGGGGGGCAGAAGUGAAGAGCUUCAAGCAGCAGGUGGACACCACCAGGGAAUUGCUAUUGCUACCCCACCGUGCACAGGUGAAUGAGACACGACACUGUGAUGGUUCAUGCCGUGCAUGGACACUCUUGCAUGGCUUGUCUGUGUGGGGCGCAAGUUCCAUCGAGGCUCGAGAGUUUCUACAUGCUCUUUCGGAGAUGUUGGAGAUCCCGGCAUCACCCUUGGCCCACGCAAUAUCCGAUGAGGAUUGUGCUGCAAACAUGUCCUGGAUGGUGGAGGCCCUUGCCACUGAUCGGUACUUCAAUUCUGGAGAAGACUCCUUGAUUUUGUUGCUUUGGAAAUUGCAUGGUGCUUCAUCUGCAUCCAAAGCCUUUCAAUGUAGCCCCGUCCGCGACAUGCGUUGGCCCUCUGGAUCCGAGUGCCCCUCUUGCUGGGGCCGUUGCUUCCGGCAGAAUCGUCUUUGUUGGGCCCCUUGGGAAGACCAGCGCUCAAGAUCAGGAGCUUCAGUUCCAAACAUGGUGGAUGCCUCUCCGAAUCAUCCACAAGUGGUCCAGUAUCUUCGGGGCUGGUAUGGCGGCGCCCUCCCAGUCGAGCCGGCGCAAAAGGUCGUACUGCCUUGCAAUCGUGUUCGCGGCAAGUGA